AUGAAGGCAGUGAUGAGGAGGCUUACUAUUGCUGGAGUGCAAUCUUUCUGGAAGUGUCAACAGUCAUGUCUACGAAGCUUCUCCCAAGUACAGCAGCUUCCACCUCUGAAGGAAGAGGAAAUUGAAGAGAAGUUUGUGAAAGGGAAUGGGCCAGGUGGACAAAGUGUCAACAAGACUGUAAAUUGUGUUCACCUCAAACAUACACCAACAGGUAUUGUGGUGAAGUGUCAUCAGAGUCGUCUGCUCCACGAGAACCGGAAGCUUGCUAGACAGCUCCUCAGAGAGAAGUUGGAUGACUUCUACAAUGGUGAAAUGAGUGGAAGAAAUCAAAGGAAAAAGCUACUGCUUGAGAAGUUCCAGCGAAGAGAAGACAAAGCUUCAAAGCUUCGAGAUAUGAAGGAACAGUGGAAAAAUCAUGAAAAUGGAUCCACAAUGCAGUGUUGA